AAAAAGCAAUAAAGUAGCAGAAGCAAACAAAAUCGGAAAGAAAAGCAUCUUUCUCCUCAAGGAACCAACACAAAAACCCUUACAAGCAAUAAUUUUCUCUCUAGUUCAGCAACCCCGAAGCCCAAUCGCCAAAAAAUUCGGUUCCUCCAUGGCAGAAUCUGAGCAGUACCAAAAGGAGUAUUACAACCCAGAAACCGUCCCUAGAGUCUCUUCUGAUUCGUAUUCUUCACCCACAACGAGUGUUCAUGUCACAGCUCUCGAUGGUCUUGUCAAUGUUAAUUCUCUCUUCACCAUUGCUGUCUUCGUUGGUCUCUCUCUUACAACCCCAGGUCAGCGAAGUCUUGAGAACCGGUCUUCCUGCGACGCUGGAAUCGACGUCGCCAAGAAGCUCCUUGUCUUCGAGGUUGUUUCUUUCAGCUUCUUCCUCUUCUCCUCGUUGGUCGCUCAGGGCUUGAAGCUCGCCAUCAAUUUGCUCAACAGCAAGGACGUCGAUGAGGCUUUCAGAGUACACAUUAAUCUCAAGGUUUUGAGGUUCGGGAUGAUGGGCUCCGCCGUUGGAUCCGUGAUGGGUUGCUUGUUUCUCAUGCUUUCGAUGGUCAAUGUGAUUGAGAUUCGGCUAGGGAUGCUGUCCUGCGGUAGCAAAUCUGCUGUUCAUGCCGUUGCUGCUUUGGUUAUACUGGUUUCUUCUGCUCUUUUGAUUUAUAUUUCCACUGCUAUAUAUGCUUUUACGCAGUAAAUCAACUCAUAAAUGGUUAAUUUUGGCCAUCCAAGUCCAUCAAAUAUUUUGGCUUUUGUUUGGUAAUAUUUAUAAAAUUAAAAUAGUGCCGGCUUGUAUUUCUAUGGCCAAUUCAUGGUUCUUCUGCCUUAGACUUGUUGUAUGCACUAGAGAGUGAUAUUGGCCAAUUUUAGGUUGUCGAAUUGCAAGAAGUAGCAUAGUUUGUUCA